AUGGGUCACAACUCUACUGCAGAGAGUCCUUACCACCUGCUGGCAACCUGGGAUGCAAGUGAGGCCUCCAAGCAAAUUGCAGUGAUGCUCCUUCUCACGAUGGUUGUUCUCGAAAAAUUUUGUUACCAUCAACUGCGAAAGAUCACAACCCUCAUUCCAGAAUCUCUGAUUCUGAUCCUGCUGGGCACACUCGCAGGCUACAUCCUCAAGGCCAUGCCCGAGCACAUUGACCAUGACACCUGGCGAAUGACUCCGGAGACCUUCUUCCACUACCUCCUGCCUUGCUGCCUACUGGACGCCGCCUUCAACCUACAUAAUCGCGUGUUCGGAGACUGCAUCGGCGCCGUUAUCGCCUACGCUGUGUUGGCCACUGUGCUUAAUAUGAUCUUGAUAGGCGUCAUAAUGGUAGGCUUUGAGAACGCCGGUUUUUUUAAAGACAAACCAGUGGAGUACGGCGUGCAGGUACUUAUGGUCUACGCCUCUCUCAUUGUGGCAGUUGAUCCGGUGGCCGUGCUUGCCAUAUUUCAGGAGAUUGGUGUUGAGCUCAGUCUUUAUUACUUAGUAUUGGGUGAGUCUCUCUUCAACGACGCCGUCACACUGGUGCUCUACAAAAUUACGUUUGGAUUUCUACGAAAGAAAGAUGUUACCACUCAGGACAUUGCAAUCGGAAUUGGGGCAUUUUUCACUAUCAACCUGGGUGCUAUCCUGAUCGGAAUAGUUCUUGGCAUCGUGACCUGCCUCGUCACUCAAGUGCACACACACUUUGAGGUAGUUCUCGUCUUCCUCCUCGCCUACUAUGCCUACGUUUUGGCUGAUAUUAUUGGUUGGUCCGGAAUUGUUGCCAUGGUCACCUGCGGCAUGAUCCAGACUGCUUACGCUUUCCACAACCUUAAUGAGGACUGUCUGGCAACUGUUCGUCUCCUGGGGAAGACCCUAUCCGAGGUCUGUGAGGCCAUAAUCUUCCUUCUGAUCGGCGUGCAGAUUGUCAAUGUGGAGGCUCUCUGGCACAACUCUUUCAACUGGUGUGCGUUGGCGUCCUGUCUGACAGUACGAACAGUUGUAGUCUUUUCACUGACAGCAGCCCUCAACCGUUUUAAUGUAAAUAUCUCACAAAUCACUCUCACGGACCAGUUCAUCCUUGCGUACGGUGGACUACGCGGGGCUGUCGCGCUCUCUCUAGCCAUCAUGUUGGAUACAAAGGAAGAUGGGGAAGAAGCUCAAGUGGACGAGGAAGUCUAUAAAAGCCUUGUCACCUCUACACUCUUCAUCAUCAUCUUUACAGUCGGUGUGAUGGGCCCCACGAUGAAACCGCUAGUAAAGCUCUUUCGCGUUAAGCUUGCCGAUCGUCAGACCAUCAGCCUGGUGAGGGAACUUAAUGAGAAGAUGAUUGAUCAGCUGACAGCUGGAAUUGAAGCCAUCAUCGGAUCUGUGGGUCGGAACAGUCUGCGAGCCCUUUUUGUGCGUCUAGAUAGCAAGUACAUCCGACCCUUUCUACAGAAAAAUCCGAAAACCUAUAAUGAGCGCAUUGUUCAGGUGUAUAAGGACAUGGCACUGGUUCUGCACUAUGCUUCUCUGCAACCCGAUAAAGCGGCCACAAUCAUGGAGUCCUUGCCACUGACAAUCUCCGAGAAGCACAUGCGAGACCUAAAUCGGGAGCACAAAAACACCUCAGCUAAGUGGAGGAGAUAUCAAAAGGAUCAUCCCUUCGCUAGCCCCAGGAUUGGCAAUAUAUUUGACAGCUCAGGGCGACAAAUAGACUUUGGCGAUAAAUUGGCCCGCAUAAUUGACGACAAGAAACGAAGGGUCAUGUCCAUGACUGGUGUACAAGCGAGCCCGGCCUUGCAAAAGUUGCAAGCACUGAAGGGGUUUGAGCCGCUUUCUCCCACCCAACCCCCCUCGGGGUCAUCAAACGCAGCGCAGCCAUCCAAGGAACAGUAG